AUGUCUCACAGAAAGUUCGAGGCUCCCCGUCACGGUCACUUGGGUUUUGGUCCCCGUAAGAGAACCAGAUCUCACCGCGGUCGCGUUAAGGCUUACCCCAAGGAUGAUGCUAGCAAGCCUGUUCACUUGACUGCCUUCAUGGGUUACAAGGCCGGUAUGACCCACAUUGUUCGUGAUCUUGAACGUCCUGGUUCCAAGAUGCACAAGAAGGAAAUCGUCGAAGCUGUUACUGUCAUCGAAGCUCCUGCUAUGGUUGUUGUCGGUGUUGUUGGUUACGUCGAAACUCCUCGUGGUCUCCGCUCUUUGACCACCGUCUGGGCUGAACAUCUUUCUGAAGAAGCCAAGCGUCGCUUCUACAAGAACUGGUAUCGUUCCAAGAAGAAGGCCUUCACCAAGUAUGCUCAAAAGUAUGCUGAAGGUGCUAAGGAUAUUGCCCGUGAACUCGAACGUAUCAAGAAAUACUGUUCCGUUGUCCGUGUCAUUGCUCACACCCAAAUCUCCAAGGCCAAGCUUCAUCAACGCAAGGCUCACAUCAUGGAAAUUCAAUUGAACGGUGGUUCUAUUGCCGAUAAGGUUGAAUGGGCUCGUGAACACUUUGAAAAGGAAGUCACUGUUGGCUCUGUCUUCGAACAAGAUGAAAUGAUUGAUAUCAUCGCCACCACCAAGGGUCAUGGUUUCGAAGGUGUCACUCACCGUUGGGGUACCAAGAAGUUGCCUCGUAAGACUCACCGUGGUCUUCGUAAGGUUGCCUGUAUUGGUGCCUGGCAUCCUAGCAGAGUCAUGUACUCUGUUGCUCGUGCUGGUCAACGUGGUUACCAUCGCCGUACUGAAAUCAACAAGAAGAUUUACCGUAUUGCUCAUGGUGCUGAUGCCAAGUCUGGUACUACUGAUUACGACUUGACUGAAAAGCCUAUUACUCCUAUGGGUGGUUUCCCUCACUACGGUAUCGUUAACGAAGAUUUCGUUAUGAUCAAGGGUUGUUGUGCUGGUUCCAAGAAGCGUGUUAUCACUCUUCGUAAGUCCCUCACUGUCCACACCAAGCGUUCUGCUUUGGAAAAGGUUUCCCUCAAGUUCAUCGAUACUUCUUCCAAGUUUGGUCAUGGUCGUUUCCAAACUGCUGCCGAGAAGCAUCAAUUCAUGGGUACUCUCAAGAAGGAUAUCUAA